UGCUGAGUCUAAUGCUCCGCCGGGGUUAGACCGUGUUGCUGACUCGGAUUUUAAGUUCCAGCUGUUGAGACCCUGUAUUCCUACGGUUUUGGGUUUUCCUUGCUAGUGGAUUGUGUAGAAUACACUGCCAGUCUCUUGUCUUCUGUUCACCAUGGCUUCUUCUGAUAUCCAGGUGAAGGAACUGGAGAAGCGUGCCUCAGGCCAGGCUUUUGAGCUGAUUCUUAGCCCUCGAUCAAAAGAAUCUGUCCCAGAAUUCCCCCUUUCCCCUCCAAAGAAGAAGGAUCUUUCCCUGGAGGAAAUUCAGAAGAAACUAGAAGCUGCAGAAGAAAGACGCAAGUCCCAUGAAGCUGAGGUCUUGAAGCAGCUUGCUGAGAAACGAGAGCAUGAGAAGGAAGUGCUUCAAAAAGCGAUAGAGGAGAACAACAACUUCAGUAAAAUGGCAGAAGAGAAGCUGACCCACAAAAUGGAAGCCAACAAAGAGAACCGAGAGGCGCAAAUGGCUGCCAAACUGGAGCGUUUGCGAGAGAAGGACAAGCACGUUGAAGAAGUGCGGAAGAACAAAGAAUCCAAAGAUCCUGCUGAUGAGACUGAAGCUGACUAAUUUGUUCUGAGAACUGACUUUCUCCCCCUCCCCUUCCUAAAUAUCCAAAGACUGUACUGGCCAGUGUCAUUUUAUUUUUGCCCUCCUGACAAAUAUUCUAGAAGCUGAUGUAGGACUGUAUAGGUAGAUCCAGACUGUAUGAUGUUGUUUUAGGGGCUAAAGGGGAGAAACUAAAAGUGUUUUACUCUUUUUCUAAAGUGUUGAAGUCUUUCUAAUGUAGCUAUUUUUCUUGUUGCAUCUUUUCUACUUCAGUACACUUGGUGUGCUGGGUUAAUGGCUAGUACUGUAUUGGCUCUGUGAAAACAUGUUUUGUGAAAAGAGUAUGUAGUGGCUUCUUUCAAACUGUUAGAUGCUGAAUAUCUGUUCACUUUUAAAUCCCAAUUCUGUCCCGAUCUUAACAGAUGCUACUGUACUUGAAUGGUUAAUAAAACUGCACAGUGCUGUUGGUGGCAGUGA